AUGCCUCCAUACCACUCUGUUGUGAAAUGUAAUAACAUUAGAGGUAAAGCAGAUGUAAGUUUCUUCAGGUUUCCAAAAAAUAGAGUCAAGAAUUUAGCUUGGGUGGCACGUUUAACCAGAAAGAACUGGAAGCCAUCUCCACACUCUAGAAUUUGUAGUGCUCAUUUUGUCAAUGGGCUGUUAAACGUUCAUGAAGAAGAAACUACACAAAAAGAGAUAAUAACAUUUAAGUUACAUGCAUUAGUAGCUAAUGAUCAGCUUGAUAAGGGGAAGGAAUUUAAUGCUGAGGAUUGUCAAGAUGUUGAUGAGAGCACUGAAACAGUUGAAGAUGAGUUAGUGGAAGUACAGGGAGAUGAGGAACUAAAUGAGAAUGUAGAAUUAGAGGAAGAUGAGGAUUGA